AUGAAUAAGGGCGAGACGAAAAUCUUGAAUCCUCAAGAUCUUCCAAUGCUUGGAUGGUCUUACUUCAAACAAUCCCAUGAUGCAUCCCCACCUGACGAGGCAGGAUUACCAUGUCUAGCUUUUACAUUCAGAGGAAAGUAUGGAGCAGAAGAGGUUAUGGUGGCUGUUUCUCAUUUAAAACGAGGUUGUGCCCCGAACAUGAUUAAGCUUAAUGAUCGCAUGGUUGCCAUUGUGACUGGAAAGGAGAACGGGAGUUGCACAACGUUGCUCUCUGAUUUGAAACGGAAGUGCCUCAAGUGGGAAGUGGUGCAUGAGAGAGCUACUCCUGCUUUAAAGGUAGCAGAACUGAUGGCAAAGAUUCUGUCUUGUAGGUGUGAAGUAGCAGGACUGGUUGCAGGGUGGGAAUUCGAGUCUGAAAUGAGUUCAUCUUUAUAUCGCGUUGAUGGCACUGGGGUUCUGAUUAAAGGGAAAAAGUUGGUCUCGGGAUCUGGAGUUGCAUUUGCUUAUGCUGCUAUGGACUUGGAGUUAGACAGUUUGAUCGAAAGGAGUAAGAUGCCGUCGUCACCACCGCGGCCCUCGAUUUCCUUCAAGAAAGUAGUAUGUGAUCUUUUCGUGUCUGUGUACCGUGUUGGACCUGGUGGGUGUGCUAAUAUGGAUCGUGACAUAAAUGCAGUGAAAUACAUGGACAGAACCAACUUGUUCUACUCAAGAUUGAAGAAUGUCCCUCGUGCACCUCCUAGUCUACUGCGAAGACUAUUUCAGCGAAAAUCCUGA